AUGACAGCGCGUGUACAUAUCAUACGCCAUGGCGAAGCACUGCACAACGUCCAGCGCGGCUAUGCACACCGAGAUCCGCCGUUGACAAAAGCCGGCAACGUCUCCACCAAACGCGUUAAUCUUUCAGUCCAGCCAGAUCUGAUCCUCAUCUCGCCCAUGACCCGCACCAUACAAACUGCGAUAAACAUGUUUCCGUUCUUGACGGAGGCAGGUUCCUUUCACAUACCCGUUCAAAUCUGGCCUGAUCUUCGGGAAGCCAACGAUGCCGUCUGCAACAAGGGCUUGUCGCGAAAAGAGCUAGCGUCAAACUUUCCCCAAUUCGACUUCUCCGAGUGCAAUGAAGAGUGGGACUAUCCCGAGCAUAGCACUGAAGCGGCUAAUACGCGUGCUGAACGAGUGCGAAGAAGGCUGAAAGAACUUUCCGCGACGUAUAGCAACAUCGCUAUCAUCACGCACCGAGGUAUUAAAGCUUUCCUCGUGAAGGGCAAGCGCUUUGGACUGGCUGAGACGCGUUGCUACCGCUUUGCAACGGAAGAAGAGGUUCAGAACGACAAUAUCAGGAGAGGAAUCAAUAGUGAUACGCUCGAGGAGCAGGACUUUGGACCCACCGUAUUGAUCUUGGACGAGUCGCAGCGAAAAGAUGCGUAA